AUGUGGGGUCCUAAGCAGACCGAGUGUUGUAUGAAUUAUACAGAUCAUGUUUUGAAAACGGGAAACCUCAAGGACACUUUGAAAGACAUUCGGACUCUAGAGAAGGUUCUAGAGGAAACAGAGGUGAAUGGGAGCAUGCAAUUGUAUGUAAAGACUUUUGUCGCUCUUCUGCACAAACCCAGUGGUCCCUUCGGAGGCCUUGAAAUUUAUGCCAAUGACACAAAGGUAACACCAGAUGUGCCUCUUCUCAACAGUAAAGUCAUUGUCCAGCUGCCAAGAGAACUGAGUGCUGGACCGAAUAACAAGAUUGUGUUCUGCAUGUUUAAAUGGCCUGAAACAAAUAAGGUCAAGAGCGUUGAAAGACCACAUGAAGUAUAUGAUCAAAGACUGGUUGGUCUGAGUGUGCAGGACAAGAACAUAUCAGGUCUGCAGGAGCGCAUCAACAUCACGAUGGAGUUUACCAAGGAUAUCGACGAAACUCAAAAACCCUCGUGUCAGUUCUUUAAUUAUUCAACAUACACUUUUAGUGAGGAUGGCUGCCUCACAUACUGGACACGUGGUCAGACUAACAUCACCUGUUCCUGCAACCACCUCACAUACUUUGGUAUCCUCAUAGUAAGACUGGGCUCAUUUAUUAUGUAAAGAGGCCAUUGUUUGUCCAUUGUUCUUCACUUCCAUCAACAAACACUUAUCAGCAAACACUUAUCUGAACUGCCUCAAACUUUGCAGCUUCACAAGGACAUGCCAGACCAUUACUCACUUUACCUUAAUUCUGCCUUCAAACAGGCUUUUCAA